AUGCUUCUCACAUUAAACACGUUGUCCAAGGUCUUUGCCUUGGCCUCUUUCAUUCUGAGUACUCUGUGUCUCUUUGCGGGGUCGCAGAAGUCGAUUAUGCAGGAUGCGAGUGUUAUGACUAUUGACACAUCUGGCUCGGAGCCAAUCUCAGCAAUCAAAUCCGCCAAAGAAAGCAAUGAUACCGAUCUAGGCCUAAAGGAUUUCUACAACGUUCACGUUCUGGCCUACUGCGAGGGUUCCUUUGGCGACGACGGCCAGCACGACGUGACGAGAUGCUCCAAACGAGCUGCCCCCUUUGCAUUCAACCCGGCCAAAGUGCUGGAGUUUAAGAAUGGGUUCAAUGUCUCCGAUAUCGAUUGGCCGGAUACUAUCACCGACGACUUUAGUGUCAUGGAAAUAACUACAAAGGCCAUGUCUGUGCUCUAUAUUAUUGGGGUUGCGGCAACCGGCGUUACGUUUCUCAUGGAGAUCCUGCUCACGCAGGCUGGCGGGCGGCCGUCGAUGAUGGCGCAUUUGUUCUUUACUGUGCUAAGCUUUGUCUGUCUCGGAGUCUCAUCCUCAGUGGCGUCGGUCAUCGCCGUGCAGUUUGUCGAUCUCAUCAACCGCCAUGGGAAAAACUACGGGAUUGUCGCGGCUGGAGGCAGCAAGUUCUUAACUAUUACCUGGGCUGCUGUGGUUCUCUUGUUCUUCACUGUGGUUAUCAGUGUUAUUACACUGCCGUCUAGCGGUAGCAUGUCGACGUCGGACAAGGAGGUUGAGAGUCAAGUCUAA